AAUUACGAAAACAAAUCCUUUUUCUUUGGUUUUUCAUGCGCUGCUCUUUCUUCUUUAUACAUUGGAUACUCCAUUCUCCUUAAUGAAUUGACCUACUAUUACAAGGGUGACUUGAAGUGGAAGCUCAAGCUUACCAUGUCUAAAGUUAAAGUUACAGAGAGGAAUUAACAGUCUCAGACAUCUUUUUCACAUGUUCUCUUCGUAUAUUUAAAGAAGAUCAAAGUCUGUCUUCAGCCACAAAUUGAUUCAGGCCCGUAAGAGAAUGGAGCAUGGAAAUGGAAGCCGUCACCUGGCUUUGUACAAAGCUGCCGUACAUGGGCAGUGGAUUACCGCAAAGAGAAUUUUUGAUGAAGAUCCUAGUGCAUUAACUGCUAAAAUAUCAGGGUUUGAAGAAAUUGCUCUCUAUGUCGCAAUUACUGCUGGUCACUCCAUUGAAUUUGUCCAGAAUAUUGUAAACUUAAUGUCGGAAGAUUUAAUUGGAACAGUGAACAGAGAUGGUAACAACGCUCUUCACGCGGCUGCUAUGGUUGGAAACCUAGAAGCUGCAAAAAUAUUGGUGAAAAAGAAUCCAACAUUAACACAAGGAAGGAACGUUCUUAAUGCUACACCACUUCAUUAUGCUGCUUCGUAUGCCCAUCAGGAAACUGUUCGCUUCCUUCUACCUGUGACUCGGGAUGAGUAUCCAAGUCCUUUCACCGACAAAGAUGGCGUCAGACUUCUCAAUUCACUAAUCACUGCUGAUUUUUAUGGGCUUGCGCUCCAUCUAUUGAAACGCUAUCCAGCAUUAGCACGUGGAACAGACCAAUACGGAUUCACUUCUUUGGACAUGUUGGCUAGAAAGCCUCAGGCAUUUCCGAGUGGAAGCCGACUUGGAUUUCGCCACUCCUUUUUGUAUCAUUAUUGUGCAGCUAAUUCUGUAGACACAGAAACCUUCCAUCAAGGCGGGGAUGUUGAAAAUCAAGUUGGGGGUUCAGAAAAAUACUGCCAAAAGCGAUUUUCAUUUCUGCGAGACAUAGACAAAACGCUGCUGAUGCAUAAGCAAGCAGUGGAGCUACUUAGAAACUUGAUUUCUGAAGCUCUAAAAGCCAAUGAAUCACAAUUGCAUUCUCUGCUAGGAUCCUCAACACAAACUGCUACUAAAUUUGGUAUUCAGGAGUUUGUUGCUGAAGCUAUCAAGUCCUACCCAUACUCAGUUUGGUUCAGAGAUGGGGAUGGCUGUACGAUUUUUCAUCUUGCAAUAAAACACCGACAAGAGAAAAUUUUCAAUCUCCUAUAUCAAAUCGGUAAUCAUAAACAUAUUAUCACAUCAUUAGCCGAUUCAUUGGGCAACACCAUGUUGCAUUUAGCAGGGACGUUGCAGCCUUCAAGCAAAAUUUCUGGUGCUGCUCUGCAAAUGCAACGGGAGUUGCAAUGGUUCAAGGAAGUGGAAAAGGUUAUCCAACCAUCAUACAAGGAACGGAAAGAUAAGAAUGGGAGAACUCCACGACAGGUGUUUACCGAGGGGCAUAAGAGUUUGGUUGAGCAAGGCGAGAAAUGGAUGAAGGAUACAGCUACGUCUUGUGCAACAGUUGCUGCACUUGUGAUCACUGUUGUAUUUGCAGCCGCUUUUACAGUACCAGGUGGCAACAACAGUGACCAAGGGAUUCCAAUUUAUCUGAACGAAACAGCCUUCGUGAUUUUUGCAAUAUCAGAUGCCCUGGGACUUUUUUCUUCGUCCACCUCGCUGUUAAUGUUUCUUGGCAUACUCACAUCACGCUAUUCCGAAGGCGAUUUUCUCAAGGCCUUGCCAAUGAGGUUGAGUAUUGGUCUAAUCACCUUAUUCUUUUCAAUAGCCUCAAUGCUGGCAGCCUUUAGCGCUGCCUUUCACUUGGUUUUGUUUCAUAGAGUGAAAUGGAUAGCAGUUCCUAUCGGCCUAGUGGCCUGUGCGCCAGUUACCUUGUUUGCACUUCUGCAGUUUCCUCUCCUGAGUGAAAUGAUCUCUUCAACAUUUGGACGGAGCGUAUUCCGCAAACACAGCGAGGAAAUAAUCUUUUAGUUAGGCAUUGAUAUUUACUUUAUCUUCAGAUACAGUUAUAUUUCGUGUGAGAUGUAUAGAACUUUAUUAGUUUUCAGCUUCUCAUGAAUAAAUUUUUUAUAAAGAUAAA